AUGUUGGACAGACGAACUGGAGUUUGGCUCUCUCACAGUACACCAAGAUUUCCAACAUAUUGCAGUAAAGACUUCUGGCCUACAAGUGGAAAUGCUAACGCCCAAACAUUUAUAUGUGUGACUUAUUCCUAUAAUGAAUUCAGAGAAAUAGGAUUGCAGCUCAAGUACAUCCACGCUUAUUCAUAUGACUAUGACAUACCGACAACCUUUCCAAAUGAGCUGUGUUGUGUUGCACAGCGAGCUUGCUUCCCAAGGCAGGAACCUUGGUUUAGAGAGACGACACUGACUUCAGUGAAAGGACAUAAUUUCUGCAGCUUUGCAAAAUACAAACGUUUUGGGGAUGAUCUUUACUCCCUUAUUGUAAACAGUUCAAAACAGGAUCUGUAUGUCAAGAGCUGGGGAAAGAUGCAACGCCCUCUUCCUUCUAACUGCAGCAUCACUCCUCAUGUAUACAAUGUGAAGGAAGUACAGCUCCCCAACAUGCAGCCCUUCAGUGACACUGUAGAUCACUCCAAGUGGUGUGUGGCACUUGAUGGUGGCUGGACCUGCAUCGCUGACAUGAACAGGGAAAAGAGUCAGAUGAACAGAGGUGGAGGAGCUAUAUGCAUUCAAAAUGGUAGAAUUGCAAAUGCUUUCAGAACUGUGAUCACACGGUAUGAUCCAUGUCCAACUGUGUCUCCACACAGUCAGAAAGUGUCCGCAGGAUACGCUCGGAAGCGCAAACUCCAGAGCGACUCAAACUCUCUUCAAAAAAUGCCAAGACACAAUGGCUGACUUUGUGCUGCACAAAAACACAGGCCCAGCUCCAGAUGAGUUUCCAUACAUCUCUCGCUCUCUCUAAUAUAUGCAUGUAUGCUACUUAUUUUUUACUUAUUUUACUUCUACUGUUUGUUUGU